CUACGAACGGCAAGCGAAGUCUCCAUAAUUGAAAAUUUGGAAUAUGAAAGCCUUUUUAGAGAGGUAUCAUAAGAGAAAAGCAACCGAACAGUUGACACCACCUGAAGCUCCUCAAAUAAGAAACACAUCCAAUGAUGGUACUUCAGAACAUCAUUCUGAAGAAUUGAACUUGACAAAUCAGUUGGCACCCCCUCAAUUCCAUCGGACAAAUAAUGCAUCUGAAGAUAUUGGUACUUCAAAAUAUUCUGUCAAUGAGAUUAAUAUAGAAGAUCUUCCUGGAGAUCCUGGACUUCGAACUCCGAUUUUAGAGUACCAUCCUAAUGUUCGAGAUCGAGUGCGAAGACAUUAUUUACUGCAAGGUCCUUGUCAACCAAAAAACUAUAAUUUUCCUCAAACAGAAUUUAGUGGUGUUAAGCGAAGGUUUAACGUCAAUUGGUUUAAGGAUCAUCCUAGUUGGUUGGAGUAUAGUAUAGAAAAUGAUGCUGCAUAUUGUUUGCAUUGUUAUCUUUUUAAACCAAAUAUUGGAGACCAAGCAGGUGGUGAUGUAUUUGUUGGUACGGGGUUUAAUAAUUGGAAGAAAAAAGACAAGCUUAAAGAUCAUGUUGGAGGGAUCAAUAGCGCUCACAACAAUGCUAGAAGAAUGUGUGAAGUUUUAUUAAAUCAAAGACAGCAUGUUGAUACAGUUUUGGUGAACCAAACACAACAAGAUCGGAUUAACUAUCGCACUCGUUUGAAUGCAUCAGUUGAUUGUGCUCGUUUUCUACUACGACAAGGAUUGCCAUUUCGUGGUCAUGAUGAAUCUGAUUAUUCAAAUAACCAAGGAAAUUUUAGAGAGCUUUUGAAGUGGCAUUCUGAUAAAGUUGAUGAUAUAAAAAAGGUUGUCUUGAAAAAUGCUCCAAGAAAUCAUCAAUUAACAUCACCUGAUAUUCAACAUGAUAUUGUCAAGGCUGCUGCAACUGAAACUCUCAAUGUCAUAAUUAGUGACAUUGGUGACGCAUUAUUCUCUAUUCUUGUUGACGAGUCUCGUGAUGUAUCAGGAAAAGAGCAAAUGGCAAUUGUAUUGCGAUAUGUGAGCAAAGGACAAGUAAUUGAGCGUUUUGUCGGUGUUAAACAUGUCACUGAUACUACUUCUGCAUCACUGAAGGCAGCCAUUGAUCAAUUCUUUUCAGAGAAUGGAUUAAGCAUAUCUAGCCUCCGUGGUCAAGGUUAUGAUGGAGCUAGUAAUAUGAGAGGAGAAUUCAAUGGUCUAAAAGCACUUAUUUUAAAGGAGAAUGGAUCAGCUUUUUAUGUUCAUUGCUUUGCUCACCAGCUUCAGCUGGCUAUUGUGGCUGUAGCAAAAAAUCAUAUCUUAAUCUCUAAUCUCUUCAUGUUUGUUAGUAAUCUGGUGAAUGUUGCUGGAAGCUCAUGUAAACGUCGUGAUUCUCUUCGAGAGAAACAAGUCGCCAAGAUUAUCGAAGAACUUAAUAUUGGUUCUAUUUUAAGUGGGAGGGGCUUGAAUCAGGAAACCACCCUAAAGCGAGCUGGUGAUACAAGAUGGAGCUCACAUUAUGGUACUUUGAUUAGUAUCAUCAACUUAUUUCCAUCUUUAGUUGAAUUGCUUGAAGAAAUAAAAGAGGAUGGAUCAUCUACAGAUCAGAAACAAGAUGCAAGCAGAUUAUUAGACUCAUUGGAAUCAUUCGACUUUGUAUUUAGUCUGCAUUUGAUGAAGGUUUUGUUGGGGACUACAAAUCAAUUAUCACAGGCAUUGCAAAGAAGAGACCAAGAUAUUGUGAAUGCAAUGAACUUAGUUAAAGUGUGUAAGGAGCAAUUGCAAAAUAUGAGAGACAAUGGAUGGGAUUCUCUUCUUAGUCAAGUUGUUUCAUUUUGUGAAAAACAGGAGAUUGAUGUUCCUAACAUGGAUGAUGUUCCUUUUAUUCCAGGAAAAUCACGGCGUAGAGCUCCAAAGGUCACUAAUCUGCAUAGGUAUCGAGUUGAAUUAUUUUGUGCAGUCAUAGAUAUGCAACUUCAAGAGCUAAAUGAUCAUUUUACAGAGACUACUACCGAGCUACUUCUCUGUAUGGCAUGUCUUAAUCCAUCUAAUUCAUUCUCAGCUUUUAGCAAAGAAAAAUUGAUUCGGCUUGCUCAGUUUUAUCCUAAAGAUUUUUCUGCAGUAUCUCUCUUGGCUCUUGAAGAUGAAUUGGACACUUAUAUAUCUGAUAUGCGAAGCAGUAGUGUGUUUACACAAUUGAAAGGAAUUAGUGACCUUGGAGAAAAAAUGGUUGAGACACAGAAGGACAAGGUUUAUCCAUUAGUUUACUUGCUCAUAACAUUGACGCUAAUUCUUCCAGUUGCAACUGCCACUGUAGAAAGAGCAUUUUCUGCCAUGAAGAUCAUAAAAAGUGAUUUGCGAAACCGAAUGGGAGACAUGUGGAUGAAUAGCAGCAUGAUUACAUAUAUCGAGAAAGAAAUAUUUGAUGGUAUUGAUAAUGAAACCAUCAUGAAAAGAUUUCAAAAUAUGAGCAAUCGUCGUGGACAAUUGUAAUUGUUUUAGAGAGACUUAAUAUUUUUAAGUAUUAUAAUGAUUUAUA